AAAUGACGGCGGAUCCCCGGCCCCGCAGGCGACGAGCCGCUGCUUUAAGGCGUGAAACGUCAGCGCGGAAGCAGAAUGCGGAGGGGUUCAGCGGCAGGAGGAGGAGGACAACAACAACAACAACAACAACAACAACAACAGAGUGCGGCGGCUCCAGGCCCCGGCAGAGAGCGGCAGCGCUGACGUAGGUUCAACUCGAUACAUUGGUCCGAACGUGACCAUUGUUGCCGCUCACCCGGGUUCCAUUCCAGAACGCGGCUGCCGCGGGUGGUUGAUUGACAGCCGGGUGGGUUGGGCCAGUUCCCUCCCAGCCCCCCACCCCGCCACCUCGGCCGGUGACGAACCCGGAGCUGAUUGGCCGGCCGAUCGGACGAUCGAGGGGAGCCGAGCCGAAGGGAGCGAGCUGAUUGGUCGGGGUGGAUUGGGGCGAUGCUGCGGACGCUGCUGACUCGCUGGCGUCACGGAGCCACCGGGCCCCUCCUGCGGGGGAAGCGGGUCGUGCCGGCUGGUGCCGCGGGAGCAGCCGCUUGGUGCCGACGGCCUCUGCAGUGUCGCCGCAGCUCGGUAACAACCCAGCCUUCCGGGUACAUUGGAAAAAGGAACACAGCAACCAUGCCAGAAAUCAACACUGACAACCUGGAUGCAAAACAGGUCCAGCUCUUGGCUGAAAUGUGCAUCCUGAUAGAUGAGAAUGACUUAAAAACUGGAGCAGACACUAAAAGAAAUUGUCAUCUUAAUGAAAACAUUAAUAAAGGUUUGCUUCACAGAGCCUUCAGUGUUUUCAUCUUCAGCAGUGAGGGGAAGCUUCUGCUGCAACAGAGAUCUGAUGCAAAGAUCACUUUCCCGGGUUGUUUUACAAACACUUGCUGCAGUCAUCCUCUUAGCACUGCAGCAGAAAUGGAGGAGAAAGAUGCAAUUGGUGUAAGACGAGCAGCCCAGCGCAGACUGAAAGAAGAGUUUGGCAUACCUGUGCAACAGGUCCCUUUAGAAGAGAUGAAUUACUUGACCCGUAUUCACUACAAGGCUCAGUCUGAUGGGAUCUGGGGAGAACAUGAAAUUGACUAUAUAAUAUUUAUACAGAAGGAUGUAACUUUGAAACCUGACCCAAAUGAGAUCAAAAGUUAUUGCUACGUAACAAAAGAGGAACUGAAGGAUCUGUUGAAAAAAGCAGAAAACAAGGAAGUGAAAAUCACACCAUGGUUCAAACUCAUUGCUGAGAAGUUUCUCUUUACAUGGUGGGACAGUCUGCACAAUCUGAAGCAGUUCAUAAAUCAUGAGGAAAUUCACCGAAUGUAAAAUGCAUUUUACUUGUUACUAAAUUGCCUUAUAAAGAACUAAUCAAUGUGUGUAGAGCCACUGAUCUUUGUAAAUCAUUCAAAUUGAGUUCUGAGCAGAACAGAUGCUUUUCCAGUGUGUGCAGAUGUAAUGAGACUGGGAUACUGCUGUUCCAAAAAUGUGCAAUAACUGUCUAAGGUAAUGAUCCUAAAUCUGCUGCAGUUGAGGUGAAGCUUCUAACAGGCAGAUGAUAAACUUGCAAGUUUCUAAGUUUUUUUCCCCCACUGUCUAAUUAUGAAAGGGGUAUUUCCUCAAUUUAUGAAUAUCCUUUGCUUACAAUUAAAAUGCUACAGAAAAACUGACAACUUAGCUCAAACUGUUUUAUAGAGGAAUAAAAAUGAGUAGCAAUGUUCAGUGUCAUGAUUCUGUCUUCAUGUCACAAGAUAACAUACAGGUUGUCAUCUUCAGAAACAAUAGCCAAAUAUGUAAAAAUGCUAGUUGCUCUAACUGGUACAUAAGUUAUUUAUUCAACUAAUCCAUUGAAUUUGAUUUGUUACUGAAGGUAUUGUAAUGGUACAAGGUACUUAAAAGGAAAAUCAAAAUCAGUUUUGAAUAUUGACAACAGGUAAAUGCACUUCCAGCAGGUGAAGGUUACUGGAUGCAUCAUUGAAUGAGCUGUUAUUUUAUUUAAAUAGGUGAUAGUAUGUAGAGCAGUUAGUACUACUUUCUCAGUUCCAGGCACCUCAAUUUAAUCCUAGCCUUGGCUACCAGUUGGAGUUUGCAUGUUCCAGGUAGUUUGGUGAGGUGCUUCUGUUUCCCCUCACAUCUAAGCUAUGCAGGUCAGUUAACUACAGAGGGUAAAUUAAUCCUUAGUGUGGGUUAAUGACAAAAAGCAAUGUUAAUCAGUAUACUAGACAAAGUUACAGGUUGGUAAAGGAAGGCUCUCCAGGAAUCCAGUAUGGAGCUUAUAAAAGACCAUUCUGAUUGUGUUGGGAUAAGUGAGAAGAAAUGGCCUAUUCAUUUGCAAUUAUAAGCAGAGUUUUAUGCACACAGCAUGGAUUACUACAAAUCUGUACUAAAUUUGUAUGUAGGUCCAAGUUCGAAGUAAAUCAUUACACUUUUUUUUAUAGAAACUUCAGGUGGUUGUUGGAAAUCUGGAACCAAGAUGUAUACCUGUUACUAAAAGGGAAAAUACAACCUAAGGAUUUAAGGAAAAAAAAAUCAGUGAUUAAAGGAUUCAAUGCUGGCCUCUUGUAGAGAGGUACAGCACAGAAACAGGCCCUUGCCACAUACAGUAUACCACAAAACAGAAUUAAACAUUUGCUUAAAAUAUUGUGUACUUAAAGCACCAGCAGAGUUUAUCUAAUACUAUCUACACACUUGACCCCAUUCCCACCAAACUAUCAAUUCCCCAUUACAGCUGCUACUGUGGUGUUCUUUACUCUCUCAAUUCAAUCUUAAUCAAGCCUUGAGAAGAAAUCAGGCUUAAACUCGCCUCUCUCUAAUUGAUACUGCUGAAUUUCAGACAGAAACUGCUGUGCUUAAAAACAAAACCCAUGAUCAUCCUGUCCCAGAGAUACCAAGCAACAGCUUACAGGAGAUGCACAAAUUCAUGCCUUUCAGCCAAUUUCCAGAACUCCAUCACAAUUAGUGGUACAUCCUGGUCCAUUGACAAGACAGACUCACCAGUACUAAUCAUCAAUUCAAAACCUGGACCUCUACCUCUCUCUACAACUGGAUCAUUGACUUGAUUGUCAGGAGACCACAGUCACUGCAAAUCAGUAACAACACCUGCUUGCUGACAACACAGAUGCACCUCAAGGAUGCCUGCUCAGCCCACUGCUCUACUCUCUACACUCAUGACUGUGUUGCUCAGCACAGCUCAAACACCAUCUAUAAAUUCAGCAAUGACACAGCUGUUGGUAGAAUCACAGGUGGGGACGAGGCAGCGUACAAGAGUCAAAUAGAUUGUUAUUGUGACACCACUCAACCAGCCAAUCUCACACUCAACAUCACCAAGACCAAGGAAUUGAUUGUGGACUUCAGCAAGGGGAAGUCAGGAGAACACACACCAGUCCUCAUUGAGGGGUCAGCAGUGGAAAGGGAGAGCAGCUUCAAGUUCCUAAGUGUCAAAAUCACAGAGGAUCUAUCCUGGGCCCAACACGUUGAUGCAGUCACAGAAAAGGCAUGCCAGUGGCUCCACUUCUAUAAGACUUUGAAGAGAUUUGGUACGUCACCUAUGGAUGUACGGUGGAGAGCAUUCUGACUGGUUGCAUCACAGCCUGGUAUGGAGGCUCCAAUGCACAGGAUCGCAAGAGGCUGCUAGAUUCAGCCAGCUCCAUCACAACCGUCCCCACCAUCAAGGACAUCUUCAAGAGGUGGUGCCUCAAGAAGGUGGCAUCCAUCACUAAGGACCUUCCCCAUCCAGGACAUGCCCUCUUCUCAUUACUACCAUCAGGGAGGAGAUACAGGAACCUGAAGACCCACACUCAACAAUUCAGAUAUAGCUUCUUCCCCUCCACCAUCAGAUUUCUGAACAGUCCAUGAACACUACCUUGUUAUUCCCUUUUGUUUGCGCUGUUUACUUUUGUAAUUUUAAGUCCUUGCACUGUACUGCUGCCGCAAAACAACAGAUUUCAUGUCAUUUAAGUCAAUGAUAAUAAAUAUUCUGAUUCUGAGAAGUGAGAACAAAGACCAAGAAAAAAAAAUAUCAGGAAAGAGUAGCCUAUGAAAUCCUCAAUACUAACUCAGGAUCACUGAGGCCACAUUGCAUCUCGUCAACAAGGCAAGGAAACCAGCUGAUCACCACCUACAGAAUUCCAUGUUAAACAACAUUCAGCCAAAGCUGUGAAGGGCAACAAUGCAUUCUGGAUGAAGAUUUUAAAUGCCCAUCAAGAGUGGCCAGUUCAGUGAUCGUGCUCCCAUGUCUUGAAGGACAAACUGCCAGACCAGGACAUGGAAGAAUUCUAGGACUCUUCAAAGAGGUUGCAAGGUGCCUGACAGAAUCUAGCUUUUAAAGCCAUCUCAAAAUAUGGCACCUCUGACUGCUCCUGGAGGGCUGCGCUGUUCAAGUAUAUUGGAGCUGAAAGCAAAACCCCUGACCACAACUCAAAGACAUGAGUUAUCAGUGAGCAACGGGCAAAACCUAAUGCUUUAGGUAUUGACCAUAUAAGAUACCAUGAAUAUUAUUGCAGGUACUUUUUCAAAAUUCAUUAAUCAUUUGCAACUCCUCAGCAAACAAAACAGCAAGACAUAGACAAGAUUUACGAGGAUGAUUCCAGGAAUGAAAGGGCUUACGUAUGAGGAGCGUUUGUCGGCUCUUGGACUGUACUCACUGGAGUACAGAAGAAUGAGAGGGGACCUCAUAGCGACAUUUAAAAUAUUGAUAGGAAAGGACAGAGUAGAUGUGGCUAGGCUGUUUCCCUCGGUGGGUGAGUCCAGGACCAGAGGGCACAAUCUUAGAAUUAGAGGGUACAGUUUCAAAACAGAGAUGAGGAAAAAUUUCUUUAGCCAGAGGGUGGUGAAUUUGUGGAACUCCUUGCCACGUACAGCAGUGGAGGCCAGAUCAGUGGGGGCGUUCGAGGAGGAGAUAGGUAGAUA